AUGAGCUAUAAAGAAGAAGUACCAAGCUCAGUUGUUUAUACUACAACCUCAUAUAAUGUAAAUCCUUCACACCAAAAAGGAAGAAAUAGAUUAAAACUAUUUCCUAGAUUUUCAAAAAAGAAAGCAGCUCCACAACCAUUAGUAGUGGAUCAUUCAGUUAAAAUUACCCAGUCUGGAUACGGCGGUGUAGUUUACCCUUCUGGAUAUUCAAAUGAAAGACACCAAAUUUCUCAACAAAUUCCUGGUCAAGUAAGCAACUCAUUUAGCCACUCUAGUAGUAGUAGUAGUAGUAGCUAUGAAAAUCCUAGAAGUGAUAAACUAACCUAUUACGAGUCAAGUUAUUCACCAAAUGUAUUCAAUCAUGAAAAAUACUAUUGCCCACCACCACCAGUAUCAUCCUAUUCAUCAAACCCUAUUAGAAGUAGCAGAGUUCAAUGCCAUCCCAUUCAAACUGACCGUUUAAGAUCCCAUAGACAACAAUAUAGUGAAGAUUCAAAACUAUUAAACAAUGGACAACAAUAUACUAGUUAUGGAACAAAUUCAAGUGGUCAAACAUCAAUUAAUAUUAAUAAUAAUACUAACCAUAUAAAUGAAGAGUACACAACAACUUCAAACAAUAACUAUCAACAGCAACAACAUCAACAACAACAACAAUAUCAGCAACAACAACAACAACAACAUCAACAAUAUCAGCAACAACAACAUCAACAACAACACCAUUCAUCAACAACAUAUAACCAACCACCACCCUCAAAUGUAGAUUUUAUUUACCCCCCAGGCUAUUUAGAAAAUCAAAACUCCUAUGAAUAUCAUGAAGAAAAUAAUCACUUUUCAACAAACCAUCAACAAAACUAUGAACCAGUUUAUCCCAUGGGAAUGGAACAACAAAAUUGGAAUUUUUCUGUUCAUAAUAUUUCUGAUCCAUAUUCAAAUAACAAUUAUUAAAAACAUUAAUAAAAUUAUUUAUUCAAC